GAUACCAGAGAGUGGAGAGAGUGAGAGAGGCGAGCCUUUGAAUCUCUGCGGUGCAGAGCUGGAAAAGCUGCUUCUCAGCGAAAAUCAGACGCCCUAUUUACACUGCUCCUUUUAUUUUCCUGGAGAAAAAAGGGACUUACAACCAAGAAGUUGCAACGAGGACUGGUGCCCGUCUCAGCGAAUUAACGUGGUAUUUCUUUUAAUAUUAUUAUUUAUGUUUAUUUUUUUUUUAAAUACUGGAGUGACUGGGGUUUUACUUUUGCACUGAGACGCACAGCUUUCUACCUCCUGCCUGGUCUCUCUGCCAGAUUAUCCCUGCAGAAGUAGGCUAUAUGACGCAAAUCGUGUGCAGAGCAGUAGUCUGAAAGUUUUCCUCCACGACUUUUUUUUUUUUUUUCAUUUUCCUUUUUUUCCACCAACCACACGCUGUUUCAUGCUACAGCAAGUCAGUGCACAGCGGUGGAGGAGCCAAAAGAACUAUUGCAUGAAACAAGAAAGGAGAGAAGAGACGCUGAUUAAUAAGUCAGUUUUUGCGACGCUUGCCAGUACUUUUGCAUAUCUGCAAAAGAGUCGCGACAACAACAUGAGCGCAGAGCUGAGCAUGGGGCCGGAGCUGCCCAGCAGUCCUCUGGCUCUGGAAUAUGUGAAUGAUUUUGACCUGAUGAAGUUUGACGUGAAGAAGGAAGGCCUGGCCGGGCUGGAUCGCAAUGGGGUGCGCCAGUGUAACCGUCUCCAACCCCAAGGCUCUGUGUCUUCAACCCCUAUCAGUACACCCUGCAGCUCGGUGCCCUCCUCACCCAGCUUCAGUCCCACAGAGCAGAAAAACCACCUGGAGGAGCUGUACUGGAUGCCGAACAACGGGUACCACCAGCAGAUAGACCCGCAGACGCUAAGCCUGACCCCAGAGGACGCAGUGGAGGCCUUGAUUGGAGCGACAGCUCACGGCCACCCUCCGCCUCCGCACGUCCAACAGCAGCUGCAGCAGCAAGGAGCUUUCGAGGGCUACAGGGGCCCGCAUCACCACCACAGCCAUCACGGCCACAGCCAGCAACAUCAUCACCCCUAUGCGGGGGGCAUCCCGCACCAUGCCGAGGAACUUUCCGGGCACCCGGGCGGACACAGCCACCCACAUAGCCAGCAUCAUCAUCACCACAGCCAGGACCCCGACAGUCCAUCCCCGGUCUCCCCAGAGUCCCACCAGCCGCUCCACCAUCAUCGUCACCAUCAUCAUCACCAUCCGCACGGCCACUUGAGCCAGUCAGCAGCGCACCACAGCUCCGGGGGCGGACUCAACGUGGAGGACCGUUUCUCCGACGAGCAGCUGGUAUCCAUGUCGGUGAGGGAGCUCAACAGACACCUACGGGGCUUCAGCAAGGACGAGGUCAUCCGUCUCAAGCAGAAGAGGAGGACCCUGAAGAACCGGGGCUACGCUCAGUCCUGCCGGUUCAAGCGGGUGCAGCAGAAGCACGUGCUGGAGAACGAGAAGACGCAGCUGCUGAACCAGGUGGAGCAGCUGAAGGCGGAGAUCACCCGGCUGGCGAGGGAGAGGGACGCCUACAAACUCAAGUGUGAGAAACUGACGGGGUCAGGGACCAAUAACGGGUUCCGCGAGGCUGGCUCAACCAGUGACACCCCUUCAUCACCAGAGUUUUUCAUGUGAGUUGUCAUAGCCUUUUCUUGUGAAUCACCCACCCCCCAAAAAACAAACUCUCCCCCCCUCCACCCCCCACCUUUACUUUCUGACUUUGCUGAUGAGCAAACGAUAAUAAUCCACACCUCCCAUACUGUUUGAUUAUACUAAUAACGGUAACAAUUAUAUUCAUAUUAGAAGAGUAAUCCAUCAAAUAGUAUUCUCAUAUAUAAUCAUCUCACCAUCCACGUGUCAACUGAGAUACAAAGAGCAAUGUAGAGUGUCUGAUCAGUCGCAGCAUCUUUGUAGAUUAGUUGCUUGUAGUGAAGAGACUUUUUUCUUCUUCUUCUUCUUCAAAGAAGAGGAGCGGCUGAUGAACUUUUUAUUUUUUAUUUUUUUUUCUCAUUCGAGGAUCCAGCUUUCAAAUCAUCUGUAAGUAGUGUGGGAUGGCGGCAAGGUAGUUGUAAUUUUGCUGACAUUGUUAUGAAACAACAACAAGCAGGCCCGGCCUCACUGCCUGCAACUCACGAGACUCACAUUCGACAAGUGGGCCCGAGAAAAUCUCCAAAAAACGGGACACCACUUUAUGCAAAUUUAACUUCCGUCUACGAAACCGUCACGGGAGGGGACAUUUUAUGCAACAUCUCAUUGAUUUAUUGCCUGCUUGGUUAUAUUCGAAUAUAUAUUGAAAAUAAAAAAAAAAAAAUCUGCAUUAAAUAUUAAUCCUGCAUGCUGGACAUGUACGGUAAUAAUUUCUAUUUUGUACCUUCAUCUUCUCGUGUAUAUUAAGAGCAUGUUGUUGAUCUGCGCUUCUCCAUUGUUUUUUUUGUUUUUU